AUGCAACCCUCACGAACAAAAGUUCUACUGUUUGAGACAGGAGCGAUCAUGAAACAGAGGAAGAAGAGUAACCUCUCAAUCUUCGUGAUCGUCUUCUCCCUUUUCCUCUUCGGGAUCUUCAUGUACAAUGACAACCUCAAGUUGAAAUCCAUUGCUUACUUGACAUCUUCAAACCUAUUCUCUAUUAAUCCAUUUGAAGACGUAGGCGACGCGGAGCUGCCGCCGGAGGAUUGCGAUCUCUUCACCGGAAAAUGGGUACUCGACUACAAGACGCAUCCAUUGUACAAAGAGGAGGAGUGCGAGUUCUUGACGGAGCAAGUAACUUGCUUAAGAAACGGAAGGAAAGAUUCUCUGUUUCAGAGUUGGAGAUGGCAACCAAAUGACUGUUCUUUGCCAAAAUUCAAGGCGAGAGUGUUGCUAGAGAAGCUGAGGAACAAGAGAUUGAUGUUUGUCGGUGACUCGCUUAACCGGAACCAAUGGGAAUCAAUGGUUUGUUUGGUUCAAUCAGUGGUUCCUCCCGGUAGAAAAAGCUUGAACAAGACCGGUUCUCUCACAAUUUUCCAAAUCCAGGACUAUAACGCGACGGUGGAGUUUUAUUGGGCGCCAUUUCUGGUGGAAUCGAAUUCAGACGAUCCGACAAUGCACAGCAUAGUCGACCGUGUAAUAAUGCCGGAGUCCAUCGAGAAGCAUGGAGUCAACUGGAUAGGCGUUGACUUUCUUGUCUUCAAUAGUUACAUCUGGUGGAUGAACACUCUCUCCAUCAAAGUCUUACGAGGAUCGUUCGAUGAAGGGGACACAGAGUAUGAUGAGAUCAAACGGCCAAUAGCAUACGAGAGAAUGUUGAGGACAUUGGGAGAUUGGGUGGACCAUAACAUUGAUCCUCUAAGUACAACCGUUUUCUUCAUGAGCAUGUCUCCUCUUCACAUCAAGAGUUUGGAUUGGAAUAAUCCUAAGGGUAUAAAGUGUGCUUUAGAGACGACACCGAUCUUAAACACGUCCAUGACGUUCAAUGCUGGGACGAACUACAUACAGUUUUCAGAGGUGGGGACGGACUACAGGCUGUUUCCGUUGGUGGAAAACGUCACGCAGUCUCUCAAAGUUCCUAUUCGUUUCAUCAACAUCACUGGACUGUCUGAGUAUCGUAAAGAUGCACAUACUUCUGUUUACACGAUCAAGCAAGGCAAAUUGCUGACGAAGGAGCAGCAAAGUGAUCCGGAAACUUAUGCUGAUUGUAUUCACUGGUGCUUACCUGGUCUACCUGAUACUUGGAAUGAGUUUCUUUAUACGUAUAUCAUUUCGAAAUCGAAAUCUUCAUGA